ACGGGGAAAUUCUAUCUCCUCCCUCCCUCUCCUCCACAUGUAUCUUCUCUUCUAUCCACAAACGCUCCCAAAGCGCGCUUUCUCUGUGUCUUUCUCUAAUGGCGAACUCCUUGUCUCCAUAGCUCUAAGCUCUUAGAGAACUCCAUUAAUGGCCACAGCUAAAGGGCCUCUGCUCCCCAUUCCAACCCACAAGCUUCUUUUCUCCCGCUUUCCCUCAAAUCCCAAGCUCUGGAGACUCCCCACCCCCAAAUUCCCUCGCCGAAUCGGUCCCCAGCCCUUCCUUUUCAUCCGCACCAACGCCUUCUACACCGAAGGACUCCCCAUCUCCAUCGCCACUCGGAAGGACAAAUCCGAGGCCGAGCCGGAUGACAUUGGCCUAUUAAACGAAAGGAUUCGGAGGGAGCACAAGAGGAGGGAGGGAUCGAAGGCGGGGAGCAAGCUGAAUUCGGCGGAGGCUGAGAAGUAUAUCAAAACGGUCAAGGAGCAGCAGCAGAGGGGGCUGCAGAAGCUUAAAGGGGAUGUCGAUGGAAAGGAGGGUGGGUUUGGGUAUCGGGUGGAUCCGUACUCGCUUCGCCCUGGAGAUUAUGUUGUGCAUAAGAAGGUGGGGAUUGGCAAAUUUGGGGCGAUUAAGUAUGACGUGCCCAAGAAUUCCUCCUCGGGGCCGAUAGAGUAUGUUUUCAUAGAGUAUGCGGAUGGGAUGGCGAAGCUUCCCGUUAAGCAGGCGGCCCGGAUGCUCUACCGCUACAAUCUUCCAAAUGAAACAAAAAAGCCACGGGCAUUGAGCAAGCUGAGUGACCCUAGUACAUGGGAGAGGCGAAGAAUAAAGGGGAAGAUUGCUGUUCAGAAAAUGGUUGUUGACUUGAUGGAAUUAUACUUGCAUAGGCUGAAACAGAGAAGGCCUCCAUACCCAAAGAACCCAGCCAUGGCUGAAUUUGCCGCACUAUUUCCUUAUGAGCCUACCCCAGACCAAAAGCAGUGUCUUUCAGAAGUAGAAUACCACAUAAUGCUCUGGGUUCUAGUUUUUGAUAAAACAUUUCUUUGCACAUCUCGGAGUUUUGCUUGGCUCAUUAUUGAGGCAUUUAUUGAUGUUGAGAAGGAUUUGACUGAAAGGGAAACUCCAAUGGAUAGAUUGAUUUGUGGAGAUGUUGGGUUUGGAAAAACUGAAGUUGCAUUGCGUGCUGUAUUUUGUGUGGUAUCCACUGGAAAACAAGCUAUGGUUCUUGCACCAACUAUAGUUCUAGCCAAACAGCACUUUGAUCUCAUUUGUGAGCGAUUUUCUCGAUAUCCUCAUAUAAAGGUUGGACUUCUGAGCAGGUUUCAGACCAAAGCAGAAAAAGAAGGACAUCUUUCAAUGAUUAAAAAUGGGCAGCUGGACAUCGUUGUUGGAACCCAUGCACUUCUUGGAAAUCGUGUGGUCUAUAGCAAUCUGGGCCUGCUGGUUGUUGAUGAAGAGCAGAGGUUUGGCGUUAAACAGAAGGAAAAGAUAGCAUCAUUUAAAACUUCAGUCGAUGUUCUCACUCUGUCUGCGACACCUAUUCCACGCACUCUUUAUUUGGCAUUGACUGGAUUCCGUGAUGCUAGUUUGAUUUCAACACCACCUCCAGAAAGAGUUCCUAUAAAGACUCAUUUGUCAUCUUAUAGCAAAGAUAAAGUCUUAUCAGCGAUCAAGUUCGAGUUGGAUCGUGGUGGCCAAGUUUUCUAUGUUUUACCUCGUAUUAAAGGAUUGGAAGAGGUAAAGGAAUUUCUUGAGCAAUCACUCCCAAAUGCUUCAAUCGCUAUUGCUCAUGGAAAGCAAUACUCGAAGCAACUAGAAGAAACCAUGGAGAAGUUUGCUUUGGGAGAAAUCGAGAUUCUUAUUUGCACCAAUAUAGUUGAAAGUGGACUGGAUAUCCAAAACGCCAACACCAUAAUAGUUCAGGAUGUUCACCAAUUUGGGCUGGCCCAGUUGUAUCAGUUGCGAGGGAGGGUUGGGCGAGCAGACAAGGAAGCAUAUGCAUAUUUGUUCUACCCUGACAAAUCAUUGCUCUCUGAUCAAGCAUUGGAGAGACUUGCUGCUAUCGAAGAGUAUCGGGAUCUGGGCCAAGGCUUUCAUCUUGCAGAGAGAGACAUGGGGAUAAGAGGAUUUGGGAAUAUUUUUGGUGAGCAACAGACUGGUGAUAUUGGAAAUGUUGGUAUUGAUCUAUUUUUUGAGAUGCUCUUUGAAAGCUUGUCUGAGGUGGAAGAACACCGCCUUGUCUCGGUUCCUUAUAGUAAUGUUCAGCUGGAUAUAAAUGUAACACCACACCUCUCCUCUGAGUACAUAAACUAUCUUGAUAAUCCUAUUGAAUUAAUCAGUGAAGCAGAAAAAGCCGCAGAAAAGGACAUGUGGAGUUUAAUGCAAUUUACUGAACAUUUACGCCGCCAUUAUGGAAAAGAACCUCAUUCCAUGGAGUUAUUAUUGAAAAGGCUCUAUGUCAGGCGAAUGGCUGCAGAUCUAGGUAUUACAAAGAUAUAUGCAUCUGGCAAGACAGUUCAUAUGGCCACAAACAUGACAAAGAAGGUGUUCAAGAUAAUGACUGAGUCAAUGGCAUCUGAUGUACAUUGCAAUUGUUUAGUGUUUGGUGGAAAUGAAAUUAAGGCUGAACUUCUUUUGGAGCUACCGAAAGAGCAACUCCUCAAUUGGAUUUUUCAGUGCUUGGCAGAGCUCUAUGCUGCAUUGCCCGCUCUUGUCAAGUACUAGUUCUCCAUGGAGCAAUUUUAGCCAACUCUUUCUGGCUUCUGCUGAGAUUGCAUUGUAGUGGUAUUGUGCAAAAUGAACAGGCACGUUGACUUCUCCAUCGUGAUACAUGCUGAGGAAGCCUGCAAUAUGUUACUUCCCUGAUGUCAAGUUUUCGUCUUUUGACAUUUGACGUGCUCGUGGUUAAUGCGGAGCUCCAUUUCAUGGACCAAGGAUGGAUUAUUCUAUUCUACCUUACAGCCAUGAGGCCCAUAACUAACGCUAUUACAGGAUUUUUCUUUUUGCGGCAAGGAGUCUGAUGGUGAAUUCUGACCCUGAUAUGCAAACACUGGAUUUGCCUGAACAGAAUGAUGGGACAGCAUAAACCCUAUUUGUCAUUUCGGAAUGUUUUCCAUGAGGCAGCUUGGCUAACACCACACAUUCACAAGAAGUUUCAUGCCAGUUGGUUACUAACCUGACACAGGAUUUAUUACAAUUAAAAUAUACAACCUAAUUAGAUGUCAUUGAUUUUCCACUGUGAAGGUUUAUAUUUUUUAUAAAAAUGCUAUCAAAAUUUCAGGAA